GUCUCAAUGUCUCUCUCAUCAGAGUCAAGAGCCCCCUGCUGUCACCCAGCCUGCGCCAUCGGCUACAAUGAGUGCCAAAUCGACCCUCAACAAGGCGAUCUUUAUUCCCAACGAUGAGAGGCUGCUGGCAGCCGUGCAGGUGAAGAGGAGGACGAAGAAAAAGAUCCCGUUUUUAGCUACAGGAGGCCCUGGUGACUACACCACAUUCAUUUGCUUAUCAGUGACCAAUAAGAAACCAGCGCAGGUGUUCCUCACGAAGGUGAAGCAGUUUGAAGGCUCCUCGUCUUUCGUCAGGAGAUCACAGUGGACCAUCAGUCAGCUGCGGCAGGUCAACGGCAUCGACUCCGUCCGAGAUUGCCCAGAGUUUGACUUGAUAUUUGAGAACGGAUCCGACCAGUGGACUGCAGGUUCAGCUGGAGAGAAGUGUGUGUUUGUCCAGGUCCUGCAUCACACAUGUCAGCGGUUCAUCCCCGAAAGAAAACCAGAGUUCAUCAACUGCCCCUCCAAACUGCUGGGAGGUAACAGCAUCCUGCACGAGGCAGCAGACAGUGUGAGCAGCGCGGUGCAGAAGGCCAGUCAGGCGCUGAACGAGCGCGGCGAAAGACUGGGACGCGUGGAGGAGAAGACGGGCGAGAUGAUGAACAGCGCCCAGCAUUUUGCCGACACUGCACACAAGCUUGCCAUGAAGCACAAGUGUUAAGCCUUUGCCAUAUUUUUGGAGAAUCUGGUACAAAUUCCUCACCCCCGCUCAACCUCUGCUAUCAGAGAGCGUUACGGGACGUGCAUGAAGUAUCAUAUGAAGGACAGUGUGUAUCAACAUGGCUGUAGCCUUGAAAAGAUCAUGCCUCCUGUACACAUGGAUAGUAUUUGUGGUCAUUGUAAGCUUAAACAAAGCCUUAUUUCUGUGUCCUCACUCUAUGACAGACCUGUAUUAUCAUUUUAAAUUCUUAAAAAAUAUGUAAAAUAGUUCCGAGGUUCAAAGGCCUGCUGAUAGAUUCUAGAUUGUUUUAACAUAAUGAUUGUUUGAUCAGUGCCAUCAUAAAAGAACUUUAGUGAAAUUUUAAGAAAUAUGUUUUUUGUAAAAAGGGUUUUGUGUAAAUCUCUAAACUUGUUCUUUUUUGACAUCAUUUUGUUUCAUGUCACCAUGUGCAAAAAAAAGGCAGAUUUUUGCAAUUAUUUUGCUGAUUUUCUUUGUUUUGCUUACUAAAAUAAAGUUCUAAAAGGCUCAUUUUAAUGGCGCAGUGACCCACAUUUUAAAUAAUAUAGCCUGAUGCGUAGCAAAAUCUACAGAACUGUCCUGAGAAAAGACCAGAUUCACAUGCUGCACAUCACACUGUGAGAUGUGUUACGCUGCAGUUCAGGAAGGGUUGUGCCUUAACUGGAUGAGAGGAGACGGUGAGGAGAUGCAGCCGAUCCGGUCAGUCUAAG